UGCUCAGUGAGGAGGGGUGCAAGAUAAAGUCGGACAUCUUUAACAGCAUUUUACAUUCAGGAGAUGCUGAAUGUACUUGUGCUCUGGGUACUUCAAUAAUGGCCUCAUAUUGAUGUCCUGUCUGGGCUUCUUUGAAAUUUUUAAUUAAGGCUGCACCUGUUGCAUUGAGCCUUCAGCAAGGACGUUGAAUAUCUUAUACCUCUACAAAACAGGACAUAAAUUUGUUCAAAAGCAAGUUUUUACUCUGAUGAGCAGGUGCAGUCAUAAUGUCCACCGGUUCGGUAAGUGAUCCUGAAGACAUCCAGGAGCUGUUGAUCACUGGCAUGGAUGCUCAUUCUCUAGAAAACUCAGACAACGAAUUUGAUGUCGAUGACAGUUUGAAAGGAAAGACAAAACGACCUCGAGUUGGUGCCAAUAACAACAACAAGCAGCGAAAAAAAAUGGCAAAAGAUGGCCGACAGUCUCAGAGAAAUGCAGCUAAUGCCAGAGAGAGGUCACGGAUGAGAGUCCUGAGUAAAGCUUUCUCACGGCUGAAGACUAGCCUGCCGUGGGUCCCAGCAGACACCAAACUGUCAAAGCUGGACACGCUGCGUCUGGCAUCCAGCUAUAUAUCUCACCUCAGACAACUCUUAGAAGAUGACAGAUACGAGAACAGCUUUGUGCAUCCUGUAAACUUGACCUGGCCUUUUGUGGUCUCAGCACGAUCAGAGGACACCAAAGAUAUUUCAGCAGCGGUCAGACUAUGUGGAGCUACAGCAUAAACAUCUGGCACCUCUCUGUCUUUCUCUCUUUUAUCCCACGCUCUUGCUCUCUUUACUGUCUGUAUUCAUGCACUUCCUUUGAACUUACAUCAAGGGCCAUAACACUGUGAAGACUGCGUUUGCCACAUACAAGCAAUCAACAAGGGAAUCAUCUGCCUUUAUAAUCUUUAUCACCUGCAUUUGAUUUUCAAAUUAAGUCAAAGAUGUUUCUUUAAAGGCAUUCUAUUACUAGAAAGUAAAAAGGAGUUUCACUUAUGUUUGAUUGUUUUGCUAAUAAAGCGAUGAUAUUUUUUCCUAGCAAACAAAUGCACAUAUUACUACACAGUAUAUGUUUGAUGGAUGCCAAAUGCUGUCUGUAUUAUUAUCAAGAAUGGAUUGGAUCACCAUGGAAAUACAUAAAAUCAAAAGUUAUUGUUUAAAGGCAAUUGUAAAAUUUCUAACCACCUGCCAGACAUAUGAAAAUCAUAUUUUUGAUAAGAUGUUUUCCUAUAAGAUCACCCUGUCAUUAUGUCUGUAAUUCAUUUAUAGCAGAGAAUACACAUCAUGUGUGAUUAUAUCAUGAUCAAGUACUUCACAUUUAGCACUGAAUCUGUGAUAUAACGUGUACUUCAUAAAAAAUGUGGUGCAAUUUCAAACAUACUGUCAAAGGUCAAUGUCUUAAAUGCACUCAAAAUCUGCUUCAAAAAUAUUUUUAUGAGUUUAACAGCAUGUUUUCCAAUCAGAGAAUCUAUUGAAAUGUUCAGAUAUUUUUUUAUACAAUUUCUUUACUUUCUUAUGACUUUGCAACCUACAGGCAGCGACAUCGCAAAUUUUGUCCAAUAAAU